UUGUUUCUUUGGUUUUGGCAAAAUUUGUUAUACUAUUUUAAGAUUUACUAGCCCUGGUGUGCAAUAGAUCGCUAUCAGCAAUAGGCUGCAAGUUUCUAUCUGUCUUUGAACAGCAUCCCACAAACAUUGAUAAACACUGUCCAAAUCUGUCACUGCAGAUAUAGGCUAGUCCCUGGAUGCUGCAAUCUAGUGGCAGUGGUUGCAUACACACUAGUAAACUUUCUCAUUAAUGAAAAUUCUGAUUUACAGAAAAAAAGGAUUUCAGGUCUAAGCUAAUUGGACUUUUUUAAAAUAUAAGAAAUAAUGAAGUUAUUAAAUAAUUAGCAAACUAAUUUAACAGUCUGAAACUGGUCUGCACAUAGCUUCAUUUGAUGAUGUAAUACCUUUGUAUUGCCGACAUUAGAUUCGUUCACAUCAUUGUCGUGAUGUCAGUAUUGUGAGCUGUUUGACUCUCAAUUGAUUUUUUUUAGUUGUCGUAGUCUGGUUGAUUGAUAACAUUUUGGGUUAAGUGGUAGUAGAGUUGAAAAUAUGUAUGUAAAUAAUCCAUACUUUUUAAUAACCAUGCACAGAACUGCAGUAUAACGAUAUAAAAUUCAAAACACCAUACUUACUAUAUCGCUUUAUAGCUUGCAAGAAUGUCUUAGUGUUUGAAAAGGAAAGAAAAGUUGUGUAGUUUAUGGCCUCACUAUGGGGCAAAAUGGCGGGGCGGAUUUUGGCGCGCUUUUGCAAGGCGCGGGAAGACAGUUGUUGAACCAGGGUGGGCAGGCUUUGAUGCAAUAUGGCGCCCAGGCCCUUGGCAACAUCAUCAACGAGGUCUUUCAGAAGAAAGAGGUCGAGCAGAAGAGGUUUCUGCCAAGCAUCAAGAAUUAUAAAGUGUUGGGGACAACACGUGGACAGCUCGGCGAAACCAGACCGUCUUCCUUCGGGCCGGCGACAUACCAGGAUUUCAAGGAUAUCCGUUCCCGGUGUCUGUCAGACAGGAGGCUGUUUGAAGACCCCGAGUUCCCUGCCAUCGACCGCAGCUUGUAUUACAAGGAGCGGCUGGAUCGACCCAUCACGUGGUUAAGACCAGGGGAAAUAUGCGAGGACCCACAGCUGUUCGUCGAAGGUUACAGUCGCUUCGACGUGCAGCAAGGGGAGUUGGGGGAUUGUUGGCUUCUAGCCGCUGUUGCCAACCUCACAUUACACAGAAAAUUGUUCUUCCAAGUAGUGCCGGAUGAUCAGAGUUUCGAUGAGGAUUAUGCUGGCGUCUUCCAUUUCCGAUUCUGGCAGUACGGCCGUUGGGUAGACGUCGUGAUAGACGACCGUCUGCCCACCUACAGAGGAAAAUUGGUGUUCCUACACUCGUCUGAGAGGAAUGAGUUUUGGAGCGCUUUGCUGGAGAAGGCUUAUGCUAAAUUGCACGGGUCGUACGAAGCCCUAAAGGGUGGGUCUACAUGCGAAGCCAUGGAGGACUUCACGGGCGGCGUCACGGAGAUGUACGACAUGACCGAGCUACCGCCCAACUUUUACACCAUUCUGCUGAAGGCGUACGAGAGAAAUUCUCUAAUGGGAUGCAGCAUUGAGCCGGACCCUCACAUAACGGAAGCUGAAACUCCCGCGGGCUUAAUCCGUGGUCACGCGUACUCGGUUACCAGGGUCAAAUACGUCGAUAUCGAGACUCCGGGCAGAGCCGGGAAGAUACCACUACUUAGAUUGAGAAACCCGUGGGGCAAUGAAGCUGAGUGGAACGGGCCGUGGAGCGACAAAUCACCGGAGUGGCGUUUCAUCCCGGAAUCGGAGAAGGAAGAGUUGGGACUCACCUUCGACGAUGACGGGGAGUUCUGGAUGUCCUUCAAAGACUUUGUGCAACACUUCUCUAGAGUGGAGAUCUGUAACUUGAACCCCGAUUCUUUGGACCCGGACGAGUGUCCCGAGGGGUGCACUAAGAAGUGGGAGAUGUCGGUCUUCGAAGGGGAGUGGGUCAGAGGUGUGACAGCGGGUGGUUGUAGGAAUUACCUGGACAGCUUCUGGCGGAACCCCCAAUACACGGUUACCUUGAAGGACGUAGACGAAGGGGACGAAGAAAACAAGUGUACUAUAAUCGUGGCUCUAAUGCAAAAGAACCGUCGGUCUCAGCGGCACCAGGGCCUGGAGUGCCUCACCAUCGGGUUCGCGGUCUACCGGCUGCCGGACUACGGCCACGUGCCCAAGCCGCUGGACCUCAACUUCUUCAAGUACAACGCCAGCGUCGGCCGGUCCCAGGCCUUCAUCAAUCUGAGAGAAGUUAGCGCUAGAUUCAAGCUAGACCCGGGCAGUUAUGUGAUCGUGCCUUCAACAUUCGACCCUGAUGAAGAAGGAGAGUUCUUAGUACGUGUGUUCUCUGAGAAGUGCAAUAAUAUGGCUGAAAACGAUGAAAACGUGGGUAUGGGCGAGAUUGACGAUAGAGUGAAAGAUAUACUACCUCCCAACCCGGAACCAGCUGAUCCUGUCCGCGACUUCUUCAACCGCCUCGCUGGUUCCGACGGGGAGGUGGACUGGAGGGAGCUGAAGGAAAUAUUGGAUUACGCCAUGAGAGAAGAACUGGCAAUGCGGCAAGGCGGCUACGCGGGCGGGGGUUACGACGGCGGCGGGGGAGGGGCGUCGUCCUCCCCCCCACAGGAACAAAGCUGCCUGGAGCAGCUACUUUGUGCUCUGUGCUCACCGAUCUGCAAGGAGCUUGGUAUUGACCUACAGCAAAUGCAGCAGGGACAAGCGUCGGAACAAGUGCAUUUGAACCAACCGAUGGCGAAUCAAGAGCUAAAAGGCAACGGUUUCUCAGAAGACGUCUGCAGAAGCAUGAUAUCGAUGCUCGACAAGGACAACUCUGGUGGAUUGGGCUUCGAUGAGUUUAAAACAUUGUGGAUCGACCUGAGGAAAUGGAGGGAAGUGUUCCGUCUGUACGACACGGAGCGCCGCGGCGCGCUGCCCGCGCACGCCCUCCGCGCCGCGCUGCACUCCGCCGGAUACACCGUCAACGCGCACGUGCUCAACGUGCUGGCUCACAGAUACGGAGCCCGCGAUGGCUACAUUCAGUUCGACGACUUCAUCAUGUGUUCUGUGCGGCUAAAGUCCAUGAUAGAAAUCUUCGAAGCACGGUCUUCGGGUGGCGGUUAUGCCACGUUUUCGUUGGAAGAUUGGCUGAAUCGCACAGUGUACUAGAUUUAACGACUAUAUUGCCUUGUACUAUAAUAAUACGUCUGUAUUGGGUUAGUUGCCUGUGUAUUAAACAAAUUUUAUAAAUGAUUUUACAUAAUAAAACGUGAUAAUCAAAUGUAACUUUAAUUGAUCAAUUUAAUUUAUGUUCUCAUUAAAGUAUAAUUAAAACUGUGUGACUCCAGCAUUUGUGAUGUCACUGUCAUACAAGCUCCAUAUUUUUUUUGACACAUGGAAAUAAGUAUCGUCAAAAUAAGAUUUGACUUGAUGGCAACUACUCUAUUUUACAUGUCAUGAAAAUACUGUAUUUUCACGAUUUCCUAAAGAGGAUGUGUACAAAAUAUAAACGUCCAUUUACGUCAGUGUAUAUGAUAGCAGUUUAUUGGGAAUAUAUAAUAAUUGUAAGAAUUAAUAUAUUUUAAAAAUUAUUGAGAUUAUAAUAUAAGUCACAACUUUUAAAUUGUAAUAAUUAAUGUGAUUUUUUAAUUCUGAAUACGGGUAUUCGAUUUUUUUAUUCUAAAUUCAGUGUCUUUUCUAAUUAAUUCUUUAAAACGUUUAAAUGUAAUUAAUUUUAGUAAGAUUUUAACAAUUUCGUCUCAAUGUUUAAACGGCCUUUAGCUUAUUCAUUUAUUUAUAUUUUUUCUUUAAUCAGUAUUGUCAAUCCACCGAUACUUCAUUCCAUUGUGAUUUUUGUUCAAGUAAACAAUAAUUGUACAAUAAACGUUGUGUUCAUCAACUACACAGUAAAUUCCACAAACAUUUAUACCUUAGGCAUAUUUUAACGUUAUUUCCCACCAUUCUGUUUAGUUACUGUGCGAAUUUAGUCAUACAAUUUUUUCGGCUUAUAUAUUCUGUGUAAUCUCGAAAAAUCUCAAAAGUUUUGUAUUUAUUAUCAUAUGUUAAUGGAAGAUGCAUUUCUUUCGCAUUGACGAUGCAUUUUUUAUUUUAUUUUGCAAUGCAAUCCGUGACAAAUGUAAUUUUGGUAAAAAUAAAUUUUAUUUUAUUUGUAA